CUUACUGAUAGUACACAACAUUCAGUAGAAGUAGUGACAGUACGGUCAUUGUAUAUUAGGCUAGGUCUACUCCCAGGUGUAGUCCAUUGUGAAUAACUAAACAAUUAAUCGAUCAGUGAUUUGUUAAUACAGUCAUCGAACUUAUUAGUCGUGUCUCAAGCAGGUUUAAACAAGGAUAUAAAGAAGCGCGGGGUGUUUUAUUGGAAUGGCGUAUAUACCUUGGCUUUGUGUGUAAUUUGAUAUAUAGAUAGGAUAAAGACAACGCUGUCAAAAUAUGAACUGUCUAAAAUAUCAGCUGACCAAUUGUAGUAGGAGGUCGCGUCAGAGGUCAUACGAGCGUCUUUUGACCUAUGACGUCAGACAUUGAUUAAUCAACCAUCGUUGACGUUUCUAGUGGUUUACCCACAGUUCCGUGUACAGUACGCAAAGAACUCGCCGUAACAGACCGCCUGAUUGGCUAAUACCACAAAUCAAGCAGAACGCCGGGCGUCAGAAUAUGGAUUAUAAUUGGAAUUUUUGUUUUGAGUACCGUAGUGUUCGUACGCUUUGACAAAGUUCUGUUUUCAACCGUAUACACUCUUCCUAUGGGAGCAGAAUUUUAUAACACAACACGCUUAUUAUCGACGUCAGGGAAAACGUCAUCUUCAAACGUCAGUGUGUCUACCGCGAAAGCGCAGACGCCUGGUGCUAAACCAACUAGUAUAUCCACUACGUUAAAAUUUGUGAACACGACAGUAAAAAACGAAACGAAAGGCCCAGAUAAGUACGUAUUUUAUGUGUGUGAUGGUGGAAAUUUGUGUGGCGGUUUUGGGGACCGACAGAAGGGGAUAGUAGCUGCUUAUCUUAUAUCGCUAAUGAUGGAAAGAAAAUUUGGUGUUUGGUUUACAAAACCGUGUAACCUAAACACCAUGUUCGACCCCAAUAUAGUCCAGUGGAACAUUAAUCCGGAUACACUGAAAACUAGAUCCUCUAAAAAGAUAGUCGCCAUUGAUGGUUACUCUGCCCAGUUACGCGAGAAGUUGAAGAGCAUGGAUUUAAACAAGGAGUACAAAGAAGACGUUUUAUAUUUUUCUUUAAAUCUGGAAUUUGUGCGUUUUAUAAAAGAAAAUAAAUUAUACAAAAAACAAUUGGGAUGGAUGGACCAACUUUCUGUGUCUGAAGUGUAUAAGAUAGUCUGGGAACGCUUAUUUAAACUUAAACCAGAUCUCCAGAAACGAAUAGAACCUUUUCAGCAGCUCAAAACGAAAGGUUUAAAAGUUGUUGGGGCUCAGAUCCGAAUGGGGAGGAACCCCUCGGUCCCGACUGACUCGGAAAUAAGGAAUAAUAUAAACAAUAUUCAAAUUUUGUGGAAUUUUUAUAAGAAAUACAACGAUUCUUCGAAAUACAGGAUUUUUAUUACAACCGAUAGUGAAAAUGUGAGGCUAAAAGCUAAAGAGUUGUUUCCCGCUGUAUUCAUGGAUAUUGCCGGAAAAAUUGUUCAUGUUGAACGAAGUAGCGGUUCAGACGUUUGUGAAGGAUUUAAGAAAGUUAUUUUAGAUCAAGUCGUGUUAAGUUUAUGCGAUGUUUUAGUCGUUAGUAAAAGUGGUUUUGGUAGAAUUGGAGCGUUUUUUAGACAUGAUGAAAAUAGUUUGUAUUGUUUAAAACUGGACAAGCUAGUCCGUUGUACGACUCAGUCGCCUUAUUUUUCCGAAACGUCUUGGUAAUCCGUCAAUAAAAAUUGUGAUAAGAAUCAGGAAUGGGGUGUGCGAACUGUUCUGUUGCACAGGACCCGCAACUAAGGGGAGCCCGAUAAUUUUAAGAAUUCACCAUGACGACAAAACUAAUUUCUCUUUCCGAAACAGAGCAUGCCUUAGAGUUAUUUUCCAGGGAAAGACCAACACAUAGAAUUAGUUUUGAUUUAGCAUGGGAUUAACUUAAAAAGGAAAAGAGCUUCAGACAUUGAAAGCUUUGUAUGAUAAAACACUCUUCACAUGUGUCUUCAUGGGCGCCGCCAUUUGUAAUCCGGUAACUUGAAAGUAUAGUUUCAAUGGCGGACUUCGUCAUACCGCCGAGGCUAGAUGUAGGGUACUGGAGUCUGCCGAGGUUUGCCGAGUGUACAAUAUUGUGACGCAGAAAGUUUAAUUUUCAAAAGGAAUAUCAGUAGGACUACAAAAAUGAUUCAGUUCCGUUCAGCAUAUCUCCAUAAUCAGACCAUGUUGUUUGUCCAGUGGUAGUCCAAAUCUUUUGGCUGGUAGAUAACUAUUGGUUGUGAGCAUUUAGCCUGAACCUUCUAGCUGGUAUAGGCCCUAUAACUACUGACCGUUAGCAUUGUGUCUGAACCUUCUGGCUGGUAUAGGCCCUAUAACUACUGACCGUUAGCAUUGUGUCUGAACCUUCUGGCUGGUAUAGGCCCUAUAACUAUUGGCCGUGAGCAUUUAGCCUGAACCUUCUGGCUGGUAUAGGCCCUAUAACUAUUGGCCGUGAGCAUUUAGUCCGAACCUUCUGGCUGGUAUAGGCCCUAUAACUAUUGGCCGUGAGCAUUUAGCCUGAACCUUCUGGCUGGUAUAGGCCCUAUAACUGCUGACCGUUAGCAUUGUGUCUGAAUCGUCUGGCUGGUAUAGGCCCUUACUAUUGGCCGUGAGCAUUUAGUCCGAACCUUCUGGCUGGUAUAGGCUCUAACUAUUGAACGUGAGCAUUUAGUUCGAACCGUCAGGCUGGUAUAGUCCCUAACUAUUGCUAGAGCAUUUGAACUGUUAUCUGUUAAAUGUUCCCAGUAAAGAUAUAUCCUACACGUGGACCAUUCCAUAUAUGAUGUAGACUAGAUUGUAUUUAUUUCAAGGGGAUCCAGAAAGGAGCCAAGCGUUUUUUGUUGUUUUUUAACAUUACAUUCCAUUAGAACAUUAUCUAGUACACUAACGAUAAAUGAGAUGUUAUAUUCACGAUAAGCCAUACACUAUCAGGGGCUGAUUGGGUAGCUCUUCGACCCACGACCCAACUAGUUUCCUUGGGCCCCAAUGGUGGUGGAAGAAUAUGUGACCUAUAUCGAGGAAACGAAACUGGCUUGAUUCACCUUUUACGCACCCACUCUCCUCUGAUUAAGGCCAUUAUAUUUUUCAAUAGAAAAAAUUGUCUUUCCAAUCGGUGCCGUCGUAUGGUCGUUAGUAUAAUAAUUGCAUGUAUGAACAAGGAGUCAUAUGUUCGCCAUUUUGUUACCCAAGUUGAAACAGGCAUUAUGUAAGAGCUAAAUCUGCCUAUUGUAGAUCUUUCUUUGGGCCGUAAAUGAUAUAUAAAUUAUUAAUUAGACAUUUAUUAACAUCACAAGACCAUAAUCAACUCUCGAUGCCAUUGGAUUGCUCCGAUUUUAAGUAGAUUAGAACGGUUUAACCAUUGAUUUAAUUGAAACAAUGGAGAAGCGAGGUUGAGACUGAAAUGGCCAGUCCCGUGGUUGCGAUCAAGGCACACAUCUUGUCAAAAUAAAGUAAUUUGAAUGAAAUUUUCAAUAUAUUCAUUUUGAAUUAUCUAUUUUUGAACUAUUAUAGUGAGGAGGACUAGUUGAUAUUAGAUUUGUAUAUAUUUUUGGGUUUAAGUUGUUGUUGAAAAUAUAUGAAAUAACAUUGUUAUAUUAUGGUAUUUUUAUUGUUUUUCGGUUUUAGAUAAUAUAAGUUAAACCACACUAAAAUGAAUUUCUGUCCUUCGGGGAAAAAGACUUAGGACCUAUUUAAAAACCAAAAGUACUUGAUUGUGCUGUUCAAACGCUUUUCAUUCGUUCCAAAUUUGUAAGUUUAUAAAUUUUAAACAAAACAUCUUUCAAGUGGCUAUUUCGGUUGUAUGUGACAAGGAGAAGGGUCGCCUGUCCAAUCUCUUGGGUUUUCUCUGGGUCCUCCGAUUUCCUCCCACUGCUAAAGACGCCUACGCGCAAGCGAAUUAUUGAACCAUAUGUUAGUCCCGAAGUGACGUUAAACGUCAUUUCUCCCUCCCUCCCACAGCUACCCUAUCCGCCCCUAAACACUCCCACAUGACUGAAGGACCUGUAGGUCCUGUCACAGACGGUCUUGCCUACUUAGUUUUUUAUUUAAACAUACAUUAUGCAAGAGCCAAAUCUGCCUAUUGCAGGUCUUUCUUUAUUAGGCCUUAAAUAUUUAUAUAAACUGUCAUCUCUUUAUCUUAUCUUUCAUAAUCAAUGUCACUUUAAUGAUUGUUAAUCACGAUUUGUUAAAAUUGCAUUACUCAUGUAUUUACACAGAGAAAAUAAACCGUUAUCUUUU